UUUCCGGUGUAUUGUUAGGAUGUAGAAAAAAAAUAUUUUCCUUAGUUAUGAUUACAAUAUCGAGACGAUAUGCUGUGUCCUUUUUGGCACUUGGGAAAAGAAGUGUGCCUAUGGCAAUAUUGGUGAUAUACAUAGGCUUUGUAACAUUUGCUUUAUUUAAUUAUCGAAUGCACUGUAUUUUCACGGAACCAUCCACACUGAUUAAAUACCAUUUAUUGGAAAAGGAGGAGGCAGAUAAGUUGUGUAGAAUUCCAUUGGAUUCUCUAGGUGUUGAAGAUGUUGACAUUUUUCAUGACCAUGAUUUAAAUUCAAUUCAACACCAGAAUCCAUUGGUGAUAAAAGGGGGAGAGGGAAAGCCAGAAGACUGUGUGUCAUACCAGAAAGUGGCCAUUAUUGUUCCAUACAGAAACCGAUAUUUUCAUUUGAAAUUGUUACUCUCUAGACUUCAUCCUUUGCUUAGGAAGCAGAAAAUUCAUUACCGCAUAUUUGUCAUAGAACAGGCCACAGAUGACAGCUUUAACAGAGGAAAGCUGAUGAAUGUAGGAUUCAAGGAGGCACUAAAGGAGGACCAGUAUGACUGCUUCGUUUUUCAUGACGUUGACAUGAUACCAGAGAAUAACAAAAAUUUAUAUCUAUGCGACGAUCAUGCAAGACAUUUGUCAUCUGCUAUUGAUGAGAUGCGUUAUCAUGUGAUGUAUUACAAUUAUGCCGGUGGAGUAAUUGCCAUGAAAAAAGAUGUGUUCAAAGUAAUUAAUGGUUAUGCCAAUUCCUACUGGGGAUGGGGAAAUGAAGAUGAUGAUCUCUCAGCCAGAAUACAAGAAGCAGGGUAUUUAUUAACGAGGCCACCAGAACAUAUAGGGAGAUAUAAAAUGGUACGCCACAAAAAGGAAUCAAGAUCAGAAAAUGGAUAUGAGCGUUUCCUGGGCUGGCGAGGAAGAUGGCUACAAGAUGGCUUACACAGUCCUAAGACCAUGACUUACAAAGUCCUCAGCAAGUCCAACGAACCGCUCUACACCAACAUUACAGUAGACCUUUUGUAUGAUAAAAACAAAGAGAUCAACGUGGCUGAGGAUACUACAAAGGAGUCACUGUGGUGGUUUCUGAAAUUUUAUUUUCCAUAAAAUGUUUUAUUGAAUCAAUGAAACAUUAAUGCUUGCAAGAAGGAAGCAGAAACAUGUUAUAUUUUAUUUAUUGAUAUUUAUUCCUAUAAUAAAUAACCUAUUUAUUAUUCUGAACUAGUAAAUUUUUCAAAUUUUGAUAAGUAGGCACAAAUAUGAACAUGUUUUUAUCUAAGCAAAGCCUAAAUGGAAAUAUUAAACAUAUGAUCGAUUAAUUCCCAGCUGAUUGGUUAUGAUGAAAGUUCAUUCCUGUUGUCCAAUGAAAUUUCACGUCUCUCGCUGUGUUUGGUUGUUUGUUUAAAUUGACGUAAACAAACUUAAGAAUGGUUACGAGGUUUUUCUCGCCUAAUAACGCUCAAUUUGAUACCUAUGUAUCAAUAUGUUACUGAAUCAUAUCAUAAAAAAAUUAGUUAUUGCUGUGUUUGAGGUGAAUUCGAGGAUUUAGCUACCCUCGAAGUACAGUAUUCACCUAGCCCUUCAGGCUCUGUGAAUAUUUUACUUCUCUGGUAGAUAAAACAUUGUAUUGACCUCAAAAGCAGCAAUAAUAUACAUGUAUAUUAUUAUACUUUCAUGUUAAAUACUGAAAUCUGAUUGGUUAAGACGCAGUUGAUAAUCCGUUCUAUUACCCUUAGCGUUAGCAACACACGUAGCAAUGGGUAACACAACGAAUUGUUACAUGCGCGUAAACUAUGCGCGUAUGGUUCGCCAAAGAAUUUACGUCAUUCAUAUUUAAAAGUACUAAAGUUUUCUUUAAAAUUGAGACAUUCAUUAUAAUAAAAUAAAUAGUGCCUGUUUAAGAGGUUUAGAGUUGAAAUUGACACCCCUCGAAAACCAUUGUCAACCUCCGCUUUGUGUCGGUUGACAAUAGUUUUCUCAGGGUGUCAAUUUCAACUCUUACCCCCCUAAACAGGCACUAUUUAUAUAUUGUACAAUUACAUGUUUUUCGCAAUGUUACCUGAGAGAUUGCCCUGUAAAUAUGAAAAAUAAAGAAAAUUGAAGCAGUAUAGGGGAGAUUUAAUAUUCUCUAAACCUGUACAUACUAAACGUUGAAAUGCUCGUGUAGUAGGAGUCAGAUAGAAUCUUAAAUAUGUUUCAAUGUUAGUAGUAUAUAUGUGUUAAUAGUUGUCAAGAAUUCUGGAAGAUCGUUCCAUAUUACAUAAAUUUUAUUCUCUCAGUUUUUUCAUAUUCAACUAAUCCUGUAUGAUUAUAUUUUGUGUAUAUACAUAAUACAUGUAUUUGAAAGUAUGCAUAGCGAUAUAAAGUCAAUAUUGGCAUUGGAAUUGUUCAUAUGUACACGAAAUAGUUCUGUUUCUUGAUCAUCAGAGGUUCCUUCAAAUAUGGUAUGUUAAUUUUACAAGAAACAUUAUUUUUAUACUUACAAGUGAGGAUUCCUAGUUUUAAUGGAAAGUAAUGGCCUACUGUGAACAUGUAGAUUUUUUUAAAUUGCACAUGCAUGUACCUUUUUAUAUUUGUAUAUUUUCCCCAUUUAAGUUUAAAUUGUGUACUUCAUGCAUUUGCAAAUGUACAU